AGAUUCCGUAUCAUCGAGCACGAAAGACGGCUCUUGUUAAGUGUUUUCUGAAGGUAAACUCAAACGGAGCUCUAGUUUCAUUUCAUUUCAUUUCAUUGUAACAGCAGAUGAGGAAGUCAAGCACUGUCCGUGACCGAGUUCCACUUUCAGCAAGUACGAACAGGAAGGAAUUUUGAGAGAAGAAAUUAAUUAAUAACAUGUUCGUGGUUUCGGAAGGAUGACACCAAAUGUGUAAGGAUUAAACACACUGUCAUUUUCUAAGAACCUUGGCAUUGAAGUCACUUCUGGACCCUCAUCUGAUUGGAUUACACACCUCAUCUAUGUAAUGUUUCCACCACUGAGCUUCAGCACGAGAUGGUGUGCUGGGAAUUCAGCUUUUUGACAGAAACUCGACAGAAAUGUCGAAGUCAAGUGGACGCGCGAUGUGCAACAGUGGACUUUCACGGCUCCUGAUUGGAAGUGAGGGUGGUGAGAGCAGAGAGCUGGAUGAGGGAGACAUGAGGAACAUCUCAGGACAUUAUGGGGAGGACGAGGAAGAGGAUCAGUCAGAGCGUCAGAUUGUGGUGGGAAUCUGCUCCAUGAUGAAGAAAUCCACAUCUAAACCAAUGAGUGAGAUUCUGGAGAGGCUCUGUAAGUUUGAGUACAUCACCGUGGACAUUUUUCCAGAGGAAGUUAUACUCAAUGAACCGGUGGAGAAGUGGCCGUUGUGUGACUGCCUCAUUUCCUUCCAUUCCAAAGGAUUUCCCCUUGACAAAGCAGUAAAUUAUGCCAAACUAAGAAACCCCGUCCUCAUCAAUGACCUCAACAUGCAGUAUUUCAUUCAAGACAGGAGGGAAGUGUACAGGAUUCUACAGGAAGAGGGCAUUGACCUUCCACGCUAUGCAGUGUUGAACCGGGACCCCGACAGACCAGAGGAAUGUAAUCUGGUGGAGAGCGAGGACCAUGUGGAAGUGAACGGGGAAGUGUUUCAGAAACCCUUUGUGGAGAAGCCUGUCUCUGCUGAGGACCACAAUGUCUACAUCUAUUACCCAACCUCAGCCGGCGGUGGCAGCCAGCGUCUCUUUAGAAAGAUCGGCAGUCGGAGCAGUGUGUAUUCUCCAGAAAGUACGGUUCGUAAGACUGGUUCUUACAUCUACGAGGAGUUCAUGCCCACAGAUGGCACAGAUGUUAAGGUUUAUACAGUAGGACCUGAUUAUGCUCACGCCGAAGCCCGGAAGUCUCCUGCUCUGGAUGGGAAAGUGGAGAGAGACAGUGAGGGGAAGGAGAUCCGGUAUCCUGUGAUGCUUACCGCAAUGGAGAAGCUCGUGGCCAGAAAAGUGUGUCUUGCAUUUAAGCAAACAGUCUGCGGUUUUGACCUCCUCCGAGCAAAUGGUCACUCUUUCGUUUGUGACGUUAAUGGCUUCAGCUUUGUAAAGAACUCCAUGAAGUACUAUGAUGAUUGUGCCAAAGUCCUGGGGAACAUGGUGAUGCGAGAACUGGCUCCUCAGUUCCACAUUCCCUGGUCGAUCCCCUUGGAAGCAGAGGACAUCCCUAUCGUCCCAACUACCUCAGGAACCAUGAUGGAGCUCCGUUGUGUUAUUGCUGUAAUUCGCCAUGGCGACCGUACGCCCAAACAGAAGAUGAAGAUGGAGGUCAGGAACGCCCUGUUUUUUGAAUUGUUUGAGAAAUAUGGUGGCUAUAAGACCGGAAAAAUCAAGCUGAAGAAACCAAAACAGCUCCAGGAAGUGCUGGAUAUUGCUCGUCAGCUGUUGGCAGAACUGGUCCUACAUAAUGAUUGUGAGAUUGAAGAGAAGAAAUCCAAGCUAGAACAACUGAAGACGGUUCUGGAGAUGUACGGCCAUUUCUCAGGGAUCAACAGGAAGGUGCAGCUGACCUACCUGCCAAAUGGGCAGCCCAAAGCAUCCAGUGAAGAGGAAGACGUUCUGAAGGAGGGUCCAUCUUUGCUGCUCGUGCUGAAGUGGGGUGGUGAGCUGACGCCAGCAGGUAGAGUUCAGGCUGAGGAGCUUGGACGAGCCUUUCGUUGCAUGUACCCUGGAGGACAAGGCGACUAUGCCGGCUUCCCUGGUUGUGGCCUUCUCCGUUUACACAGCACUUACCGCCAUGACCUCAAAAUUUACGCAUCUGACGAAGGCCGUGUUCAGAUGACUGCGGCGGCGUUUGCAAAGGGUCUGUUAGCACUGGAAGGAGAGUUGACUCCAAUCCUUGUUCAGAUGGUGAAGAGUGCCAACAUGAACGGACUGCUGGACAGCGACUCUCUCACUGACUGCCAGCAGAGAGUCAAAGCUCGAUUGCAUGAGAUCAUGCAGAAGAACAAAGAAUUUAGUGAGGAGGACUACAAUAAGUUGGCUCCAACAGGCAGCCAAUCUCUGGUGAACUCUAUGGGGGUAAUCAUCAAUCCAGUCAGGACUUGUGAUGGAGUUCACACCCUCAUUAAAAGCCUUACUUCUCAGAUCUGUAAAAGGCUGGAAGACCCUAAAUCUGCAGAUCUGCAGCUAUACCACAGCGAGACUCUGGAGCUCAUGCUGCAGCGCUGGUCCAAACUGGAGCGUGACUUCCGCAUGAGAAACGGGAGAUAUGACAUCAGUAAGAUCCCGGACAUCUAUGACUGUGUGAAAUAUGACACCCAACACAAUUCGUCUCUCGGUCUGGAGGACACGCUGGAGCUUUUCCGUUUGUCCAGAGCACUUGCGGACAUCAUCAUCCCACAGGAGUAUGGAAUCACUAAAGCGGAGAAGCUGGAUAUUGCCAGUGCCUACUGCCUGCCUCUGGUCAAGAAGAUUCAGCUGGAUCUUCAGAGGACACAUGAGGAUGAGGCCGUCAACAAGCUGCAUCCUCUGUGGUUCAGGUAUUCGCGGGGAGUGAUGUCUCCGGGUCGGCACGUUCGGACCCGGCUCUAUUUCACCAGCGAGAGCCACGUUCACUCCCUGCUUAACAUCUUCCGCUACGGAGGCCUGUUAGACGAGCAAAAAGAUGAACAGUGGAAGCAGGCUAUGGACUACCUCAGCGCUGUAAACGAACUCAACUAUAUGACACAGAUUGUUAUAAUGCUGUAUGAAGACAACAACAAGGACCCCUCCUCAGAGGAACGUUUUCACGUGGAGUUGCACUUUAGUCCGGGGGUGAAGGGGUGCAAGGAUGAGGAUAAUGCACCAAUGGGUUUUGGCUUCCGGCCUGCCUCCUCAGAGAACCAAGAGAAGCAGACAGACCAGGGCAGUCUUGAAGACCUUUCCCAAGAUGAGCCCGACAGAGCUGCACUGACUGAACCUAUCAACAUUCAGAGGAAGUCGGCACUCAUACGCAGCAGAAAGGAGGCUCUUUCGGAGAGUAACACUUCUUCUCGAGGACUGGCAUAUCGGAUCUUACCGUCGUCUUCUCGUCAGUCACCUGAGAUCCAACCCAGCGGGCUAGGCACCCAGUGUGCGGGCCUCUUCAGUGCCACCUUCCCCAACCUGAGAGACCUAGCUCAAGUUCCCCGCCAAAAGCCCUCCUCACUCAGGGAUCUGUCUUUUCAAUCCGGGUUUGAAGGUUGCUCCUUGGUGCCUUCCAUCUAUCCACUGGAGACACUGCACAACUCACUGUCCCUCAAGCAGGUGGACGAGUUCCUCACGGCGUUGUGUAAGAACGGGAGUGAGACACAAUUUAAGAGGCUCAAAUCCCUGUCUGCCAUGUUUGAGACCCACUCCCAGCCAUCCAUAGAUGUUGAGGAGACGCCAAUGUCAACCCCGGACCAGAACCAACCAGCUGCACAGUCUCUCUAGUACACCAGCAGCCCUCCCAGUACCGUAUCCAGGGCCGGGUCCCUGUCUCCAUCUGUAACAGAGCCCUCUUCCAACAUCAGAUUCAACAGCAAGUAGACAUCUUGGAAACAGUUUUUGCUCUUAUAUCAGUUUUGCAGUAUCUCUCUCUAAAGGAUCGAGGUUAAGAUUGAAACGGAUAUAGUUAUCUACAUAGCUGCUAAUAUUCUACUAUCUGCACUUCUGCCUAAACAACACAGAGCCUCUUUGGCUGAGAUUGAGCUGAUAGUUUGAUCCGCCAGCAAAUACAGCUCUGAAACCAGUUAUCAGCUCUUCCUCUUUACUUCUGAGCUCCGGUGGAGAGACAGAGACAUUACAGAUAAUAGUAAUUGUCUGUGCAUCUUUUUUCUCACCCUACCAGUAAUGCAACUCAAAUAAAUACUCAACAUUGACCAAUGAGUCUACAAAAAAUAUAAUGAAUCACUCAGAUCAAGAUUGUGUAAUUUUAUUUUAACCACUCUUUUUUUCAGUUUUUCUGUAUAUCAGAAUUAUUUUAUAUAUAUUUUUUAUUCUUUUUUUGAUCACAGGAUUUGUUUUUAGAUUUAAAUGAAAAUUGCUGUAUUUGUAUUGUAUGAAAUGCAAAAAUUAUCAUUUGAGAAUGAUUAAAGGGAUAGUUCAUCUAAACAUUUACUCACCCUCAUGUCAUUCCAGACAUGUGAAUUUCUUUCUUUCGCUGAACACAAAAUAAGAUAUUUUGAAGAAUGUUGGUAACCACUUACAUAGUACCCCCCCACACCACCCCGAACUGUGAAUGGUUAUGUCAAAUGUUUGGUUACCAACAUUCUUCAAAAUAUCUUAUUUUGUGCUCGGCGGAAGAAACUCAUACAGGUUUGGAGCAGCUUGAAGGUGAGUGAAUAAUGAAAAUGAAAAAUUUUAAUGAGCUGCAGUAGACCUUUCAAGAAUGUUCAGCUGUCUGCUGUUGUUUACUCUGUAAAAUGUUUGACUUAUAUUACUUAAUAAAACUGCUUUAAAAGUA